UUAGCCAGUUGUUAUUCCCAGACAGCUCAAGCCAAACAAUAAUAUCUCCAAACAAACCACAAAUUUUUGAUCAAAUUUCAAAUGCACUUGUCUUUUUAGGUCUGUAUAUAUACCAACAAAAAUCACAAGAAUUUUCUCUCAUCAUCAUCAAACCAAACUUGAGCUCUCAAAACCAAGAACUCACACCAUACAUCAAGAAUGGCACCCAACAUGGCCAGUGCUUUUGGCAUUCUUGGUAACGUGGUGUCGUUCUUGGUUUACUUGGCUCCAGUACCAACAUUUCAUAGGAUUUGCAAGAAGAAAUCGACAGAAGGAUUCCAAGCAAUCCCUUAUGCAGUGGCAUUGUUUAGUGCGAUGCUGUAUUUAUACUACGCCUUUCUCAAGAAAAACGCAGUCAUGCUCGUCACCAUUAACAGCUUCGGAUGCGCCAUCGAGCUUCUAUAUCUAGCAAUAUACAUGAUCUAUGCAACCAAGGAAUCUAGAGUUUUCACCACAAAGUUGAUCCUCUUACUCAAUGUAACUUCACUAGGAUUUAUUACAACAUGCACGUAUUAUUUCGCAUGUGGGCAUCUACGAGUGAACAUCGUCGGAUGGAUCUGCGCCGUCUUCUCCGUCACCGUCUUUCUUGCUCCUCUUAGCAUCAUGAGACAAGUUGUACGGACCAAAAGCGUAGAGUUUAUGCCCUUCACACUCUCCUUCUUCCUCACAUUGUGCGCUGUCGUUUGGUUCUUCUAUGGCUUUCUUAUCAAAGAUUACUACAUAGCUACGCCCAACAUUAUUGGGUUUAUAUUCGGCGUGGCGCAAAUGAUAUUAUACUUGGUGUACAAGAACAAGAAUGUGUGCCGGAAACAGCAGAUUCAACCUGCUGAGGGAGAUUCUGCUACCAAAAUAAGUGCCCAACUCAAAACCCUAAAUAACCCUCAAGAAUAUUCAGAUAUUCCUGCGUCUAACAAUCGGGAAAUCCAGGUGGUCGUUGUCAAUUACGAUGAAGCCUAGCUAGUUGUAAUUCUUGAUUUCUUACUUCUUAGCUAGUUUUGGAAAAGGCAUCGCCAAUUACUAAGUUAUUUACUUUGUUAUUUUACAUGAUCGAAUAUUGUUUGUAUGGAUAGUGUGUAUAUGAUAUGAAAAUUCCGUAAUUUUGUUGGUUUAA